AGGCAUUGCGUUUUACUCAUCAAAGCUCGCAGUCUAUUCAGUUGGCAUUUAACGUCUCACAGUUGCUCGUCAGUCACCAAAGCAUUUGAUUUUCGUAAAAUUAAAAAACCAAAAUAAUUUUCGUGAAAAUGCCGCGAACUGUGUUGAAUAAAGAAGACAAGGUCAAGCCGGAAAAGAAAGACAAGGGCGAGCAUCUCUCCGCCAAGUCGAGUGCUUCAAGGGCGCCCAAGAGGAAGAAGUCGAAACGCUACUUUUCAUCCAGCUCUGGCGACAGCGAAAGCGAUUCCAGCAGCAGCGAUUCAUCGAGCCGAUCCUCUGGUUCCUCCGCCAGCAGCUCAUCAUUCUCGUCAAGUGAUGUCGAGCGCAAGAAGAAGAAGAAGCGCCAACGUCAAAAGUCGAAAAUCAAGUCGAAAUCUUUGGCGAAGCAGAGUCGCAAAGCGUCCGCCUCGCGAACUCCAGCGUUGUCAAUGCCGUUGCCAGUGCCAGCUCCAUCAGCGGAAUUGGCAGCAUCGCCAAAGCAGCCAACAUUUGAGAUUUGGUCGCCAGUUGACGGCGAAAAGCAGCAGAAGCAGAGGAAGUCGAGCAGUCAUCGUCACCAUGGACACAAGUCGAGUAGUCACUCAUCGCAGGAUAACAAGCAUCGUAGCAUUUCGCCAGUUGACGGCGAAAAGCAGCAGCAGCAGAGGAAGUCGAGCAGUCACCGUCACCAUGAAAACAAGUCGAGUCGUCGCUCAUCGCAGGAGAACAAGCAUCGCAUCAUUUCCCAUGCGGUCUCCAGUUGCAAGUCGCUAACUGACGCAGAUGGCAGCGAUCAGCCAGCCAAGGAGCAGGAGGACUCCAAUGCAAAGGAUCAAGAGCAGGCAGUGAAAGUAGUGAAGUUAGAUGAGGUUAAGUUAAAGUCCGAGGUCUUCAAGGAGCGAGCUAUGAACAUGAUGGAACGCAGUUCAGCAGCACAGGGCACUGAGAAACCGAGAGACAAAGACCGCAAAGGAGAUCGUUAUCGAGACCGUGAUCGUGAUCGUGAGCGAGAGAGAAGCUCGACAUCGAGCCGUUCGAUGUCACAACGUUCGCAUCGUGGCAGAUCUCGCUAUAGACGCUCGCCCUUUUCGAAUAAUGGCAGGAAUAAUUAUCACCCCAAUGAGCAGCAAUUGCGCAAGGUGCGUCUGUACAUCAAGGGACUGAGUCCGCAGGUGACCAAGGCACAUAUCGUGGAAAUCUUCGGCAGCUUUGGCCCGCUGACCAAUGUCGAUUUUCCCAUCGAGAAUUACGGACAAGGCUUCAAUAGGAAGACCGGACGUGGCUAUGCAUUUUGCGAGUUCCAAAAUCCUAGGGAUUGUGCGCGUGCUCGCCGCCACAUGAACGGCGGCAAGAUCGAUGGCAAGCAAAUUCUUGUCGUCCCAUUUCAAGCCCGAAAGUUGAAUUUGUCGUUGCGCCGACGUAGGCCCUCGCCGUACACAAAUUAUCGCUAUUAAACAGAAACAAAAUGCGACUAUGAACCAAAUAACCAAAUGCUAAAGACUGAAAUUUCUACAAAAUAAAACCUAAGCAGGAACAUAAUGUCUUCAAAUGAAACU